CCGAUUCCCUCGCGUCAGCACGCACACGCGUCUCCGUCAGCAUGGCCCUCAAACCACACGUCAAACACACCCACGUUUACACCACCCACCAAACAACAGACCUCCAUCUCGACGUAUACUUAUCCCAACCGACUGAUCCAAAAACCCCCAAACCCAUCAUCCUAUGGUUCCACGGCGGAUACCUCAUCACCGGCACCCGCACCGCCAUCCCCACCUGGCUCCUCAACCACGCCCUCACGCACCAAUGGCCCCUAAUCUCCCCCGACUACCGCGUGCUACCUGAAUCCACCGGCCACGAUACAAUCUCCGAUAUCCUCUUAGCCUACAAAUGGGUUGCGAAGUCCCUACCCCAACUCCACCCCGAAUGUCGCCCUGAUAUAAAUCGCAUCAUUGUGGCAGGCGCAAGUGCCGGUGGAUGGUGCGCUCUUGUCACGGCGUUGCAAAAUGCAACGCCCGUUGAGACAAUACCAAUUCCGAUCCCGGCCCCGUGUGCGCUCUUCCUCCUCUACCCGAUGACCGAUCCCGGGAGUGAGAAAUGGGCACAGAGUUUCUCGUUACCUGGGUCUGUGAUGGAUUCUGAUACCGCGGGGAUGUUGAUAGCGGAUAUACCGGGGCGGAUUUCCCGCGGGGAGGUAUCUCUUGGUGAGGAGUUUCCUAAAUCGGAGGAAGAGGUGAAGACCAGGAAGCGAUUGCCGUUGUUGUAUGCGGUUUUGGAGAGGGGGUUGUUUUUGGAUUAUUUGUCUGGGGUGAAGGGGCUUGGGGGGAGGGUUUUGAGGGAAGGGUUGGGACAGGUGGUGGGUGAUGAUGAUGAUGGGAAGAUGUUGUUUCCGUUGGAUUUUGGGGUGUUUGGGAAGGGGUUCCCGCGGACGGUGGUGGUGCAUGGGACUGGGGAUGAGGAGGUUAGUUGUGAGGAGAGUGAGAAGUUGGUGAGGAGGUUGGAGGAGGGAGGGCGGGGGUGA